UUUGACAGUCAUUUCAACGACACCUGAAGAGUGUUGCAGCGCCUCAGAGAGAAUGGCAUCAAACUCAAGCCAAUGUUUGGCGAUGGCAUUUCUGAAGAUGUGGAGCAUCCCGCCCCUCGCUGCUCUCCUCCUCCUCCUAUCCAUCGUUCCCACUGGAUCCGAAGUGGUGAAGUCAAUGUCAGAAUGUGCAGGGUUUGUCCUUAACGAAACUCCACCAAAUGUCCCAGGAAUCCUAGAGGGAGGGAACAUCCUGGACCAGAACAGAUACAAAGCCAUUUGCCAGACUCACCUUGACAUUAAACGUUAUGUGACGCUCUACGACACGACAAACAAGAUCCCAGUGUUUUCUGCUUCCAAGUACAUCGGGACAAGCAGCAUUGGAAGACCUAAGAAUGAAGGUUGGAAAACAGAACCCCAGCUUGAGGACAUUAAGGGCAAUGAGAACAUGAUGAUGGAUGGCAAAGGAAAUACCUACAAUAACCAGGCUGGUAAUUCUGACUACACCAACCAAGGGUUCGACAGAGGGCAUUUAUUUCCAAGCUCUUACGCCUCUACAGUAGAUGAUAAGAAGUCUACCUUCACCCUCACCAACGUUGUUCCACAGAAUGAUAAAUUCAACCAGGGAAGCUGGAACAAAAUGGAGAAAUGCAUCAAAUGUGUUCUGGACAAAUAUUGCAUCAAUAACAACGAUAUCAAAGAAGGCUUUUUGGUCAUUGGAGCCCAGCCAGGCAACAACAUAAUUUCAAACAAGGUUAAUGUCCCGUCCAUGCUCUGGUCUGCGUUCUGCUGCUACAGUAAGAGUGAGAAAAGGUGGCUAGCAAGUGCCCACUGGGGCCCAAACAUCGAUGGUGAAACAGAUCUGCAGACCAAGACCUUGGCAGACCUCCAAAGUGAACUGAGCAAAGUGAGCUCAGGAUUUGAAGUGUUUCCUGGAACAGAAUGUCCUCUCGACACAACUGUCACUCAGUUUUACCAAGAUCUAAAUGAUGGAAACAAAGAAUGCCAAUGCAACCCUAGUUCCAAAACUUGACCUCUUAGUAAGGCAAGGCAAGGCAAGUUUAUUUAUAUAGCACCUUUCAACAAGGCAAUUCAAAGUGCUUUACA